AAGUAUUGCAGAUAGACUUCCAAAUGCUUCACGAUGCCUUCUCCGCCUUCACCAGUUGAUACCUCAUUGAAGCUUAUUGGCAAUACGCCCGUUGUGCGUCUUCAACAUGUCGUCCCGGAAGGAUGCGCCCAGGUCUACCUAAAAAUGGAAUCUGUCAACCCAACCGGCUCUUACAAGGAUCGCAUGGCCAAGUCAAUGAUCGAAGAGGCUGAACAUCGGGGCGACUUAAAGCCAAACAUGACAGUCAUCGAAGCUACCGGUGGAAGCACUGGUUCCUCGCUUGCUUUUGUUUGCGCGGUCAAGGGUUAUCAGUUUUUGGCGAUAUCUUCCAACGCGUUUGCUCUCGAAAAGUUACGCACGAUGGAAGCUUUUGGCGGAAGCCUUGAUCUUGUCAAUAGUCCUUCUGGCAAGAUAACCCCGGACCUCAUCCCGUCGAUGGUGCAGCAUGCCAAAGAGUUAGCUAAAGACGACAAUUAUUAUCCGGCCGACCAAUUCAACAACCGCGAUGCUCUCAUUGGGUAUGAGGAGAUUGGUCACGAAUUAGUCCAGCAGUUUCCUCAUGGCAUCGAUGCAUUUUGCGGCGCCGUUGGUACUGCUGGAAUGACCAUGGGAGUCUCACGAGUGCUUAAAUCCAAGUGGCCACAGACUCAUAUCGCCGUUCUAGAACCGGCAUCGUCGCCGAUAAUCACUGAAGGCCGUACCGGACCGCAUGGAGUUGAGGGGGUCGGCACGGGCUUUGUGCCGCCGCAUCUUGAUCGAAAUUCUUAUGAUGAAGCGCGUGCCGUUUCCGAGGAAGAGGGGCGUACCAUGUGUCGACGUCUAGCCAGAGAAGAAGGAUUGCUGGUUGGCACCUCGACUGGACUUAACGUGACAGGUGCCAUUGCACUAGCCAAGCAGCUGGGUCCUGAUCGAACAGUUGUCACUGUAGCUUCUGAUACUGGUCUCAAAUAUAUGAAUGGAAAUUUGUUUACCAAUGCUUAGGGUAAGCAUCCAGGAAAGCGGAAAUUUGAGCAAAAUACUCAUUUCUUAUACAUAUAUUUAUUCAUUGGAGGAG